AUGCCAGGUGCUAAGAAGCCCUUCAUUCUCACUGCCGCACACAACAUCAUCAAUAAGAAUCAAGAUCAUUCAGAGAACAUUGUCAUGAGAAUAAAGGGCUUAGAGAAAAAGUUCCCUAUUCAUAGAAGUACCAUUCGCAUCUGUCCUGCGUAUGAGAAAAACCCCACGACUGCCGCUGAAGAAGCGGACUGGGCUCUCAUCUUCACACCGGACGAGCUCGAACAAGAGCCAGCACGCGCAGGCAUCGAGCCACUAGGCUUUGCGCUGAAGCUGGCAUACGAAGAGCGCCUGGACUGUGAGAUGCGCGUGACCGGCGUCCCAAUUUCGAACAACAAAAACAACCCAAACGGAGCCGCUAUGGUGCCUGUGACUACGACAGGAAAGUGUCUGAACCCGAUCGUAUUCCCCGCUCAGCUGGAGUACACCGCGACGACAGAAAAGGGACUCAGCGGGUCGCCUGUGUGGACAAUGUAUAACGGAGUCCCAACCGUCCUCGCUAUCCACAACAACGGUACUCGACGGAAGAAAUAUAGCAGGGGCACCCGACUAACCUUCGAAGUCCUGCGCCAAAUAUGCGUCUGGGCUGACUGCGAGAAGCGAGACCAACUCAUCAGGAUAAAUAGUCAAACUCCACUACCUCUAUACCUGGCCUACGCACCUGCGUUCGGAGUCCUGCAUGUGGUGGUGAAAGAAGCUGACGAUCCACAACUGAUGCGCUUCAAUAUCAUACCUGUUCUCGCGGCUGAGGCCGCCCCAAAGGAUAUAGAAAAAAGCCGAUCAAUUCAGUUUGGACUUUACCAGACUCAUAAUGGACAGCCACACUGGGUUUCUUGGAAUAUUGAUCAGUUCACAGCUGGAACUGGUACAGCUACGAUGGUGAGCGAUAGAAGCCGUGCUCGCGUAGCAAGAGGUUGGCAAGAUGGAGCGGGCAAACCGUUCCGAAUCCUUGUGGACUCUUCUGCCGAUCCGUAUAAGCUGGUCGUCUUGUUGAAUAGAGCGUCCACUUCUCGUCUGACCUGGGAAGGCGAGGAGUUUUCAAUACUGUCAUUCAGGAAGUUUCGCCAGGCGCAGCCGUCAAAGAAUCCGAGUAUCCCCGAUACUUUCAUUCAGGAAGAGCAUGCUUAG